AUGCGUGACAGCAUUCCGCUCGAUGUGUGCUGGGACACCUGGGACACUUGCGGCUGCGGCAGCCUCGGCCGAAGGGGCCGAAGAUUGAGCGAGGAGAUCGACAUUGAUGAGCCGAGCCUGAAACAGUUGCUGCCGCUUUUCGACCAGCUAGCGAAGGCCCAGACGUUCUACAACAUCAAGAAGCCUGCCCGGCAACCGGCCAAGACGGCCGAUGCGGACAGGAGCUUAAGUCUCUAG